UUUCUGAUAAAGACUAUAGCUCUGCGAAGGCUUGGAGUGUCAGAAUCUCAAAAUGGCGGAGGAAAUAUUGGUUAAGUUUUGAAGAUUACUGUGCUUGAGGCUGUGGAAAAUAUGGAAUUAUUUGUGGUUUUAACACAUGGUAUUCACUGAUGAUGAAUCUGUAACUUCACCCAAUCCGAAUUUUCUAUCUAUCUGUCUUUCUUAUUGGAGUGUGGCGGCCAGCGUUUGCCCAUUUCAUUGAAGUGUUUUGGCAUUGUUAUCAAAUCAAGGAAUGUGAUCGGGGAAGGAUUUGUGAUAGCCAGUAUGUAAUGAAAAUGAUAAAGUGAGAAUUGAUCAUUCAUGGAUUGAUUAAAACAGGGUAAGUAUGGAAAAGGAUGAUUCGGAGGCGACUGAACAAACCCAGACUGUUCCAUCAAGUGAUGGGACAGAGGACACAGUGACUAGCCCCAUACAAUUCAAUGUGGAAUUCAGUGGGGACGACGAACAUAGAAAUGAGCUAAACACGACACUUUCACCAAAAUUUUCACGACCAAAGCUGCCAGAUUUUCAAGAGAAUGGACAAAUAAGAUCUGGACUUCAUGGCCGAGCUAAAACAGACCCGGGCCAGGGCAGCCACAUAAAGGCCAUUAUUGAUCGAACUGUGGAGGAUAUCAAAGAACUGAACAGCAGAGACUUUACAAAGACAUUUGGUCGUCCGAAAAAAUUUCCAAAACCGUUUGCCUCCAAAUCUCAGUCUACACACACAUCGCCGCGAGCGUCUCCGACACCCAAUGAAGAAACGGGCCCGUCCCCGUUAAACAGAAAUCGUAGCCGAAGUCUGAAAGUCUUGACAGACAUAUUAAAAGGCGGGAGAGGGGGAAGCACUGAGUAUAGAUUAGGAAACAUUCCUCGGAAAAGUGUCGAUGAUAGUGCCUCAAAGUCAAUUAGUGAUAGUCAGCUAUUACCUCGUAAAACCUCGACUGUGAAAGAAGAGGACAGUGAACGUAGGUCAAUAUCAGAUGGACAAUUACAAGCAAACAGAGAUGAGAGUAAAAGUGAGAAUUCAAACAGCUCGGGGACGCCAGACAGUGGUGCGACAGAUAGUGGCCACGAAAAGACGAGCUCAGGCACGCCCGAACUUCCAUCACCUGUGGAAGACUCAAAAGCUCUCAGCAAACGUCGCAGUGAUAUGGCCAAGUUUAGGAGGGCCAAAAGCGAGGCACGUAAAGUGAACAUUUCUGAUGAUGAAGGUGUUGGAAUAUCUGACCAGGAUUUGUCUCAAAGUAGCACCGCAUACAAACCUCACUCCAUAGAUACUAACUCCAAAUUUUUCACUCUCUGGAAAAUCGGAGCUCCAAAGCGUCGAACUGGUCUAGCGGAUAUAGUGAAGAGAGUGCAGUCCACACACAGUAGAAGUGCUGAUGAUUCUCAUGGAGAAAACGUUCUGCAUGGGAUAUGGAAGUUACCCAGAGUAGAGCUUAAACCUAUCCAAGGUGUUCGGAAAUCAUCUAGUCUUCGACACGUUACUCAUCCACCUCAAUCAAAAACCACAUUCCGAGAGCCAUUGGGAGCUAUGGAUUCCAAUGGGUUUGGAAUGUUGGCAAAGACUCCAGAGAAAGAGGAACUGCCACCUUUUCCAGGGGACUUAGAAUCCAAAACAAGUGAUCUGUCUCUCACUGAUAGUCAAGCAUUUCAAAGUGAAAGUGGAGAUGAAGCAUUUCGUGAAUUUGAAGAGGAAGAAAUGUCUGAAACUCAAAGCAAUAUUGAUAAGGAUAAUGAAAAAUCAACUGAAAAAAGAAAACCAUUGAAGCCCAAAUCUAAAAGUGACCCUAGUGGUGACAAGAGUAAGGAUAGCAUGGCCCCUGUGUGUCAAAUGACCUCGUCCCACAGCUCACCUCACCUAUCCAAAUGUAGUGAAGUGGACCUCGAAGAAGAAGAUGAAGAAGAAGCUGAGAAGGAUGAUGGAGACUUGUCAUUAAACCCUCCCUCUAGUGCUCUUACUCCAUCAAGCUCAUUUGAUGAUGGCCCUCUUCAUUUUGAAGUCACAGAUGACAGUGUGUCAAAUCAGCGCUCAGAAGGAGCCUUAACUCCAGAGCUCGAUCAGUUACAGGAUAGUGGACGGUUUACUUCUGUUUUUGUGAAGGAAAUUGCUCCAUCCCCAAAGGAAGACAAUGAUUCCUCUCCUGACAAAAAUUCUUUGAGUAUUCCAUAUCAACCUAAAAAGAAUAUUGGCCGAAGUGUAAGUUCAGCGAGUGUUCUUCAGAGAGAGAGAAGGUUAGCCAGUGUCACCAAAGAGGAGAACAGGAAGCAUAGUCUAACUCAAGAGGAUGCGGUCAAAGAAACCAAGCAGGAGUUAGUUCCCUUGGCAGACUCCCACUUGCAGGCAUCCAGCAUGCCAGCAUUGGCCAAACAGCAACAAAACAAGGACAAGCGGUAUCACAUUGUGGAGGAACUGUGUAAGAAUGAACAGGAGUAUGUGGAGGCCCUCACAGUUCUCAAAGAUAAGUACAUGCUUCCUCUGAAGACCUCCUGUAGCAGUGUGGAUGAGAACUUGGUAGACAAUAUCUUUUACAUGAUUCCAGAAAUCCUGAUGCACCACACAGUGUACAGGAAUGCUCUGGACCGGGUCUGGACCAACUGGGACUCAGAGACCAGCACCAUGGGCAACCUGAUAUCUGCUACUUUUUCCAAGCAAACCGUGAUUGACUGCUAUCUAUCUUUUGUCGAGAACUAUAAGACAUCAGGAAAAGUUAUUGAAAAUGCUCUGACUACCAAAUCUUCUGUACAGAAGUUCAUUGAGCAAUGUCACAAGGAGAGCGGGAACAAGUUAUCAAUGAAGGACCUAAUUGUUCGCCCAAUUCAGAGAAUCCCAAGAUACGAACUACUACUACAGAGGUUAAUAGAACACACCCCUCCUAAUCACCCUGAUUUCCCACUGCUGAAGGAGGCCGAAAAAGUGAUGCAUGACUUUGCUAUUAAACUGGGUACAGUCAACGAGAGCCAACACGAGGAAGACCAGCAGGCCACUUUAAAGAGGCUGGAACUCUUACUGAUCACUGAUCUGGCUGUGCCAGACCGACAGUACAUAAGGCAUGACAUGGUUCAAAUAAUGAGUAAAAAAGACCAGUGGUGUAUAUGGACUUUCUCUGAUCUCAUUAUCAUAAGUAGUCUCAAGAGGCGUACCGGGACCGUCACCCGUAAAUCCAUUAUCUUAAAAUCCCCCACUGGACAAGACUUUGCUGAGAAUAUCAAACAUAAAGUAUGGCUGAAAGUUGGUCUUGAUGCUGUAGAAAUCGUUAAAAGUCCCACGAACUUAUCCAGGAGAAACACAGUCGACCCUGAACAGUUAGAGGAGGACAUCGGGCUACUGAAUGAUGUCAGUGACCUCAUUACCCGCCUCAACUGUCCACAUUCUAGUCUUGAAGAGAUUGUAAAGGAUAUGUUGUCAACACUAAAUAAGCAGUUGUCAGAGGCCAUGCUACGAAAUCCAACCGCUGAGUCCAACAAAGUGGAUAUUCUAGUCACUACACAGGAAGCCAUCUACCCAUUAGAAAUAAUGUUUACCUCGGGGGAAAAGAGGAUAACCUGGGAGGCCACCGUCAGUGAUGCCAAACAGAAACUAGCUCAAAUGUUUGACAAAAGAGCCCCAGAAUUCCUGACACCUUUGCCUAUUACAAAAACUAGGGCAGGGAUGCAGUUCUCCUGUGCUGCUCCGAUUGACGGGGUGAACAACUCCGGCUACCGCGAGGUGUGGGUGUGUAACAGUGAUGGCUAUGUAGGUCACAUGUGUCUCCUCAGUCUGCAGCCAGAACCAAUCGUCACCCUCAACACCCCUGUCCCCGGCUGUAAUGCCAGGAUCCUCUGUAUCUGUGCUGUCCCAGCAUACAGUGGGACCUUCAGAAGAAAGAGCAGUGGUAAGAAGCAUCAACAUCAGGUGAUAUCCCAGCAUCCUCUGAUACCCAGGGUGUCUGAGGAUGGUCCUCGGAACAGUGUGGCUGAGGGCGAGGACGGGAUAGAGGAGGAAGAAGAGGAGAAAUCGGAAAAGUCUGAGUCUGAGUCAGAGUCCAGUGAUGAAGACACGCCAUUUCCCUGCAGUAAUGAAAACAAUGAGGACCCCAUGUCUGUAGAUGUAGAUGAGGAAGGGAAGAUCCCACCCCCUGCAGACCUCCCAGAACCUACAUCAGAAUCAGUUACUCCUAAUCCAGAUCCAGUCAGCAGUAAUCCUGAUCCUAUUACAGUUGGCAGCUGGAUUCAGGACUCACUCAAAAGCACCAUGUGGCUGGGAACAGAGGAUGGGUGCAUCCAUGUAUUCCAGUGUACAGACAAUAUUAAAACAACAAAGAAUAAAUUAAAAAUACAUCACGAAUCCCCUGUAUAUUGUAUAGUAUAUUUAGACAACAAGGUAUUUGCAUCCUUAGCUAAUGGAGAUUUAAUAGUUUAUAAAAGAGAUAAUGAAGGUAUUUGGGAUGCAGAGAAUCCUUACACAAGAAGUAUUGGUACAGUGCAGUAUCCCAUUAAUAAGAUGCUAGCGGUGGCCGGCAAGCUAUGGUGUGGGUGUCAGAAUGUGAUGAAGGUCAUCAAUCCCCUCACCCUCAGUACAGAGACCUCGUUCCAAGUGAUCUCUGACUCGGACCGCUGUAUCCAGUGCCUGGUCUGUUCGGGUCAGGGCGUGUGGAUGGCCACACAACAAAGCUCCAAACUGCUCCUAUACCACGCCACCUCCUACGAAUUCCUACUAGAAGUCAGCAUAGCUCAGGCAGUGGCACAAAAACUACAAUCUGCUGACGACAUAAUACGUCAACAUAAGGCGGCGUGCUUACGGAUUACGUCGCUGAUGGUGUGUAAGGAUCUGUUGUGGGUGGGGACCAGUGCGGGGGUGAUCCUGACUAUAACCAUGCCACGGAUCACCUCCACCACGACCCGCGGAGCUAUCCCCACCCCCACCGUCACAGGGUUAGUUAACGGACAUACAGGGCAUGUGAGAUUUUUAACCUGUGUAGAAAUGACAGUGACUUCCCCCACAGUUAAAGUGGAGGGGGACGAGGAAGAUGACAGUAUCAGUGAAAACAUCGCGUUACACGACAUACACAGACGCUCAUCCAUGGCAGCUACCACCACGCUCGCCUCGCGGAUGUUGGUGAUUAGUGGUGGUGACGGCUACGAAGAUUUCAGAAAUAACGCAGCGAACGAGUCGGCUGGCCGUGAUGACAGCACUAAUCAUUUGCUGAUUUGGCAAGUGUGAUCAAGUUCAAAAAUAGCUGCUGAGGAGGAUAGCUGUGUCAUGUGAUUAUGUUUGUAUGUUACCAUGGAUACUUUGUAUAGAUUGUUUUUUUUUAUACAAUAUAUAGAGUCUGUAAAGUAUUUCAGAGGGAAUGAUUAAUAAUCUAAAAUGAACUAAAGUUUUUUUGCGCAAAAGAAGGAAUCAAGGGUAUUACAUUAUGUCACUGUUCUUUUACGUCUGAGGAAAUGUGAUUUGUAAAUUUUAUAAUGUUGUUUUAUUAAAUCGGACAGUAUUUUUAAUAAAGUGCCUACAGUUUUUGGAAAUUUUAAUAUUUUACAAGAGAACUAUGAGUCAUUUUUGCUGGUGCUAUGUUAGGCUUACACUGUCGUUUCACUGUGUAUAAAACGUUAUCUUUUAUUGGACGACUUUUAAAUGUUAUUGCUGGUAAUUCCAUCCAAUUUGUAUAGAGUAACAUAUUAAUCCUUUAUUAAAUAUAUUAUAAUGAU